AUGAACGACGCGACGGCGCUUGAGUUCGAGUUCUACCCGCAAUAUUGCUUUCACCUGUCGCCCACCCUCAAGCAGUUCUGCCACCUGCGCAUUGCCGACAUCUGGGCUCUGACAUUUGACCCAGGCUAUAAUGGCCAAGAUCUAUGGUUUUACCUAAACUACCCGAUCAAGUGGGUGCGCGUGUCGGGGCUGGUCGUCGGCAUUGAUGAAUAUGCGACCAAACACAUCUAUACGCUCGAUGAUGGCAGCGGGGUAAUGAUAAAGGUCGUUUAUGCCUUACCGCGGCCCACAAACGGCCAGACAGCGACCGAAGCUAGCUCGAUGGCGUCAAAUCUCGAUGGACCUGUCGACAUCGGUCAUGUUCUCGAUGUCAAGGGUAUUGUCAGGACAUUCCGUGAUGAGAGGAACAUACACGCAGACAAGAUCAAGCAUCUUCGCUGCACAGAGGAAGAGGUUGCCUUUUGGGAGAAGACUUCCCGGUUGAAGGCAGAGGUCCUUUCCCAGCCAUGGGUGCUUGACCCCCGGGUGGUGAGAAAAUUGCGGAAGAAACAAGAAGACAAGGUUUCUCCACGACGGCAUCGUGACUCUCAUCGGCGAGAAAGGAGGAAAGCCGACCAAGAGGAAGAUGUGGUUAAAGAUCGCGACGGGACAAGGCUACCGCUGAUUCCAGGGAACGAGAACAAAGUCCUUGUGACUGGGCUAGAAAGGCGGGGACCCAUGCUCAAGGAGGUUGCAAAGGGCCCUCCUGAGAAGCCCGCUGUUCUGACAGGAUUGGAAAAGUCGGCCCGGCGGGCACCGUCACCCGAAAAACGAGCCGUAGUGACCGGACUGGAAAGGUCAACGAAUGUUUCGGUGACGGAAGAGAUGCCAGUUUUGGUAACAGGCCUGGAAAGAGCUGGUCGAGCGCCGGCGCCCAAGAAGCCGGUUCCUAUGACAGGAUUAGAAAAGAAGAAAAAACCCAAACCUCAUGUCAGACUGGUCCCUGUCGGUGAGGAUGAUGUUUUAGACUUUUGA